AUGAUUCCCAGCGCGCGCCCCUGCUGCGCCGCCGCGCGAUCCACGACGACAGCCCUCCCGCCGCGCAGCCGGUUCUUCUCGAGCACCGCCCGGCGGCGCGCUUCGAAGCAGCAACCGGCCGACGACCCCAACUUUGUGUCCACGAUUGAUCUCGAUCCGACCAUGAUCCGACCGGGCCGCAAGCACGGCCCUGGCCUCAUCAUCCUCGCCCUCAUCCCCAUCACAGCCUUUGCCCUCGGCACCUGGCAAGUCUACCGGCUGGGCUGGAAGACGGAGCUCCUCGCACGCUUCGAGGACCGCCUCGUGCGCGACCCGCUGCCGCUGCCGCCGCACAUCGACCCCUCGGCCGUGCACGACUUUGACUACCGCCGCGUCGUCGCCACCGGCCGCCUGCGGCACGACCAGGAGAUGCUCAUCGGGCCGCGCAUGCGCGACGGCCAGGACGGCUACAUGGUCGUGACGCCGCUCGAGCGCAAGGACGGCUCCACGAUUCUGGUCAACCGCGGAUGGAUCAGCAAGAAGCACCGGGCGCAGCGCACGCGGCCCAUGGGCCUGCCCGCCGGCGAGGUCACGGUCGAGGGCCUCUUGCGCGAGCCCUGGAAGAAGAACAUGUUCACGCCCGACAACAGGCCCGACAAGGGCGAGUAUUACUUCCCCGACGUCAAGCAGAUGGCGGAGCUGACGGGGGCGCAACCGGUGUGGGUGGAGGCGACGAUGGAGCCCGAGUAUAUCAAAAUGGUCGAGUACGAGACUCGCGGUAUUCCGUUUGGCCGACCGGCCGAGGUCAACCUGCGCAAUAAUCACGCCCAAUACAUCUUCACCUGGUAUGGACUCGCCGUGGCGACAUCCAUCAUGAUGUACAUGGUAAUGAAGAAACCCACAUCUGAUAUUGUCCGUCGUGUCCGUGCGACACGGACUCUGUAA